AUGCCUCCACGAUCUCGUGAUGAAUUCCGUAUUGCGAUAAUCUGUGCCCUUCCACUAGAGGCGGACGCGGUGGAGGCGUUAUUCGAUGAUCACUAUGAUGAUCUGGGCCAUUUAUAUGGCAAGCACAUAGGCGAUGCCAACAGCUACAUCACAGGAAGAAUACACAAUCACGAUGUCGUGCUGGCCUAUAUGCCCGGGAUGGGGAAUCGAAGGUCCGCCAGUGUUGCCCGUGGCUUGCUCAUCAGCUUCCCGGGAAUCAAACUUACCUUACUGGUCGGGAUCUGCGGCGGAGUACCAUACGCAUCAGAUCGGACGGAGAUCAUCUUAGGGGAUAUCAUUAUUGGUGAUAGUGUGAUUGAAUAUGAUUUUGGCAGACAGUACCCGCAUGGGUUCGAGCGGAAAAGUGGUGUCAAAGAGACGCUCGGAUCACCUAAUCAAGAAAUCCAGUCCUUCCUAAACCGUUUACGAACUCGCCGGAUGAGAAAUCAAGUACAACGGCAUACCGCGCGAUACCUGCAAAUCCUACAAGGAAUGGAUGACAAUGAAUGGAAUUAUCCCGGUGCCUCAUACGAUAUGUUAUACGAUGCCUCUUAUCGCCACAAGCACUACCAACCACAAUCUACAAUAGAGUGCAUCUGUGGUAGCUGUCAUUCGGCCUUCGAUCCAGUAUGUGAGCAAGCAUUGAAGAGCGACUGCACAGAGGUCGGAUGCGUAGGACAUUUAGUCCAGCGAUACCGACUGCGUGCGGAUCGGCCAUCGCCACUUAUUCACUUCGGCACGAUUGCGUCGGCGAGCUCUGUCAUGAAAUCCGGUCAGCGUCGAGAUCAACUAGCGGACAAGGAGGGUGUGAUUGCAUUUGAGAUGGAAGGUGCUGGAGUGUGGGAUAUCCUGCCUUGUGUAAUCAUCAAAGGGGUUUGCGAUUACGCAGACAGUCAUAAGAAUAAGGCAUGGCAAAAGUAUGCUGCAGCCACUGCAACAUCGUGCGCGAAGGCUUUCUUAGUAUACUGGGAAGGCGGUGUUCAGCAUGAGCGUCCAGAAACCUUAAGUCACCCCAAGCCUUCAACGGUUCCCUUUGUGAGAGAUGAGAUGUUUGUGGGCCGAGAAGACAUUAUCAAGAGUAUUAUUGACGCCGUUCAAGGACGAAGCGGGCAUGCUUCGAGGCGUGCCGCACUCGUUGGCUUGGGAGGCGUCGGAAAGUCUCAGAUAGCGAUCGAGUAUACCUAUCGAGUUCGGGAAUCCGCGCCUAACAUAUGGACAUUUUGGGUUCACGCGAGUAAUGCAACAAGAUUUGAGCAAGGGUAUCGAGAUAUUGCAGCCGUAGCAAAGAUUCCUGGACGCGAUGAUCCAAAAUGUGACAUCCUCGAGCUGGUUAAGAAAUGGCUAUGUGACGAGAUGAACGGCAGCUGGUUGAUUAUCCUGGACAAUGCAGACAAUGUUGAUACAAUGUUCAACAAAUGUGGUGAAAAUAUGCCUUUAGUGGAUUACCUGCCUCAUUUUUCCCAUGGUUCGAUUUUGGUUACAUCCCGGAAUCGGACAGCGGCACGGAACAUCGUGGGGCAUCGCGGUCAGGUGAUACCAGUAGAGCCAAUGGGCACUAAUGAUGCCAUUACCCUAUUGAAAACCCGUAUUACGGUAGAUCAAUCAUGUGAAACUGAAGCGAAACUCCUUGUGGAGGCACUCGAACGCAUUCCUAUGGCAAUUGCACAAGCUGGUGCAUAUAUUUCAAAUCGCUCACCUCGAAUAACCGUUACGACUUACCUGCAGCUUUUCCAACAAAGUGAAUCAAAUCAAGAGCAUCUUUUAAAUUAUAAUGAUGCUCAUGAUCUUCGACGAGAUCGAAGCGUCCGCUAUCCAGUCAUCACUACGUGGCAGAUCUCGUUUGAUCAGAUCCGCCACCUGUGUCCCGAAGCCACAGAUCUGCUGGGAUUAAUGAGUAUGUUUGACCGACAAGGAAUUCCGGUAGAGUUACUCAGCGAUGGGAUGGAUCAAUUACAAUUUGAGGAUGCGAUGGCUCCAUUAAUCAGCUUUUCUCUCGUCUACGUUGAAUUUGGCGGACAGUCAUUUGGCUUGCACCGUCUGGUGCAAUUAUCAGCUCGACAGUGGCUGAAAAAUCAAGGACAGCUUCAUCAAUUGGCCAAGAAAAGCAUACACAUUAUGGAAGGAGUAUUUCCCAGUGGAGAUUAUGAAACAUUCAAAUCUUGCCAAAUGCUCCUUCCACACCUGAAAGAGACACUUCGUUUCACCAAGGGGUUAAAUGAGGACCAUUUAAAUGUGUCGAGUAUUACCAAUCGAUGUGGUUGGUAUCUUUACCAGAUGGGAAAAUAUGAGGAGGCAGAGGCCAUGCAUCAACAAGCACUCGGUGGAUAUGAGAAGGCGCUAGGCGCAGAGCAUCCUGACACACUGACCAGUGUCAACCAUCUAGGCAUAGUGCUUGAAAGUCAGGGAAAAUAUAAGGAGGCAGAGGCCAUGCAUCGACAAGCACUCGCUGGAAGAGAGAAAGUGUUAGGCGUUGAACAUACUGACAGACUUACUAGUGUCAGUAAUCUAGGUUCAGUCCUUCAAAGACAGGGGAAAUAUGAGGAGGCAGAGACUAUGCAUCGACGAGCACUCGCUGCUAGAGAGAAAGUGUUAGGUGAACAUCCUGACACACUGACCAGUGUUAGUCUUCUAGGCUUAGCGCUUCAGAUGCAGGGGAAAUAUGAAGAGGCAGAGGCCAUGCAUAGACGAGAUCUUGCUGGUAGUGAGAAAUUGUUAGGCGCUGAACAUCCUGACACACUGACCAGUGUCAUUCAUCUAGGCUCAGUUCUUCAAAGACAAGGGAAAUAUAAGAAGGCAGAGGCCAUGCAUCGACAAGCACUCGCUGGAUAUGAGAAAGCGCUAGGCGCAGAGCAUCCUCACACACUGGUCAGUGUUAGUAAUCUAGGCUCAGUGCUUGAAAGUCAGAAAAAAUAUGAGGAGGCAGAGGCUAUGCAUCGACGAGCACUCGCUGCUAGAGAGAAAGUGUUAGGUGAACAUCCUGACACACUGACUAGUGUCAGUAAUCUAGGCUCAGUGCUCGAAAGUCAGGGAAAAUAUGAGGAGGCAGAGGCUAUGCAUCAACGAGCACUUGCUGGCAGAGAGAAAGCACUAGGCGCUGAACAUCCUGACACACUGAUCAGUGUCAGUCUUGUAGGCUUAGUGCUUCAAAUGCAGGAAAAAUAUGAGGAGGCAGAGGUCAUGUAUCGACGAGAUCUUACUGGUAGUGAGAAAGUGUUAGGCGCUGAACAUCCUGGCACACUGACCAGUGUCAACAACCUAGGCGUAGUGCUUGAAAGGCAGGGAAAGUAUAUGGAGGCAGAGUCUAUGCAUAGACGAGCACUUGCUGGUAGAAAGAAAGUACUAGGCGCUGAACAUCCUGACACACUGAUCAGUGUCAGUCUUCUAGGCUAUAUGCUUCAAAUGCAGAGAAAAUAUGAGGAGGCAGAGGCUUUAUGUCGACAAGCACUCGCUGGAUAUGAGAGACUGUUAGGCGCUGAACAUCCUCACACACUGACCAGUGUCAACAAUCUAGGUAUAGUGCUUCACAUGCAGGAAAAAUAUGAGGAGGCAGAGGCUAUGCAUCAACGAGAUCUUACUAGUAGUGAGAAAGUGCUAGGCGCUGAACAUCCUGACACACUAACCAGUGUCAACAACCUAGGUGUAGUGCUUGAAAGGCAGGGAAAGUAUGUGGAGGCAGAGGCUAUGCAUCAACGAGCACUUGCUGGCAGAGAGAAAGCACUAGGUGCUGAACAUCCUGACACACUGAUCAGUGUCAGUCUUGUAGGCUUAGUGCUUCAAAUGCAGGGAAAAUAUGAGGAGGCAGAGGCCAUGCAUCAACGAGCACUCGCUGGAUAUGAGAAAACGCUAGGCGCUGAACAUCCUGACACACUGACCAGUGUUGGUAAUCUCAGAUCAUUGCUUGAAAGGCAGGGAAAAAUAUGA